AUGUCCUACCAGACUGGAGAUGUCAGCGGAUUCCUUGGCCAAGACACUUUCUGUAUCUACAAUUCCACCCUUUGCGCGUAUAAUCAAGGCUUUGGUCAAGUAACACAGAUGGCUGAAGCAUUCGAUAAGCAGCCUGAAGAUGGUAUGAUUGGACUGGGAUGGCCAGGUCUAGCCUAUGAUUCCAUCACUCCUCCAAUGUUCAACCUACUCAAUCAAGGACAGCUUGAUCAGCCAUACUUCGUCGUCUACAUGCGACAUCUUGGCAGUCAUUCAGCUAAUGAUGGUGGACAGCUGACUGUAGGCGGUCUUGAUACUGAUCACUGCUCGGCUACGUACGAUCCUAUUCCGCUCACAUCAAAGACUUUCUGGCAAUUCAAAAUGUCCAGUGUAUCUGUGGGAUCCUACACAGCCGCACCGAGCACCGGAUGGCAGGCGAUAUCCGACACAGCGUCUACAUUCAUUGGGGGACCAAAAGCCAUCAUCGACAAUAUCGCAAAGCAAGUUGGCGCCAUAUGGAUCGAAUCUUUAGGCUCUUAUUUUAUUGACUGUACUGGUGACCACCCUGAUAUCGUAUUUGGGAUCAAUGGGAACUCCUACAGUAUUUCGGCAACCAAUUACAGACUUUCGGCCGGUAUUGGACUGUGCAUGUUCGGGUUCUUCCCAUCUACAGGUGGUGGAUUCUAUCCUUCGUGGAUGCUUGGGCCACCGCUGAUUAGGGAGUACUGCCAAAUCCAUGACAUGCAAGCUGGCACUAUCGGUAUGGCAAAAGUAAUUUCCGCUUGA